ACUCGAGACACCAGAAGGGAUACAACCAGAUUAUGACACCAGAUGGACAUGAACUCAAGUGUACUGGGACACCAGAUGUACUGGGGACACCAGAUGUACUGGGACACCAGAUGUACUGGGACACCAGAUGUACUGGGACACCAGAUGUACUGGGGACACCAGACGUACUGGGGACACCAGAUGUACUGGGACACCAGAUGUACUGGGACACCAGAUGUACUGGGAAACCAGAUGUACUGGGGACACCAGAUGUACUGGGGACACCAGAUGUACUGGCAAACCAGAUGUACUGGGAACACCAGAUGUACUGGGGACACAAGAUGUACUGGCACCAGAUGUACUGGGGACACCAGAUGUACUGGGACACCAGAUGUACUGGCACACCAGAUGUACUGGGCACACCAGAUGUACUGGGGACACAAGAUGUACUGGGACACCAGAUGUACUGGCACACCAGAUGUACUGGGGACACAAGAUGUACUGGCACACCAGAUGUACUGGGACACCAGAUGUACUGGCACACCAGAUGUACUGGCACACCAGAUGUACUGGGGACACAAGAUGUACUGGGACACCAGAUGUACUGGGCACACCAGAUGUACUGGGGGCCUGGGACACCAGAUGGCCUAUGACAUGAGACACCAGAUGUACUGGGGACACCAGAUGUGAUGUACUGGGCACAAUGUCAGGAGACUGA